AUGGGCACAAAAAUAUCGAAAGACGAGCAUGAUCAUAAUUCUUCUCAAAAUACAAAUCCUUAUGAAAAUAUUCAUCGUGCUUAUGCAAAAUUAAAUCAUUCAUCGGGUCUUGUUACUCAUAAUGCAUCAUGUUUUACCAAUUAUGAAAUUAGAAAUUUAAAUAAAUAUAAACAGAUUAGCCAAAAGUAUUUAGAUCAAAAGAAAAUAAUUCAAUCUAGUCUUAUAAAAGCAUCUUCACCGAUUGAAAAGCCACAAACUCGUCAUUUAACUAAAGAAAACUCUCGUUAUAAUAAUACUACACAUGGUGUAAAACUUAAAUCCGAAAGAAGCCAUUCAGUCGUUCAACCAACACAUUCAAAUAAUCUAAUUACAGCUGAACAAAUAGUAAAAUGUCAUUCACAAAGGAGACGCCAAUAUAAACCAUUUUUAUCUCAAUCGUCUGAUGAUAUAUUUCAAGAUGAAAAUAAUCAAAACUCAUUGUCAACAAUAAAAACAAAUCAAUUCAUUUCUUCAAAGAAUAAAAAUCAACAAAUACCAGCUGAUUUGAAAUUAGUUUUAAUUAAGCAACAUGAUUUACAAAAUGCUCAUGAAAUCGGUAAAGGUAAUUUUGGUACUGUUUAUCAUGCAUUAUACAAAGGUACACGUGAUGUCGCAUUAAAAACAUUACAAUGUCAACGAAGGCAUUGUUCUAAUCGUACAAAAGCAUUAAUUGAAGAAAAUGAUGUUAAUAUGUAUGAAUUAUUUCAUGAAGCUCAUAUAAUGACACAUUUAAAACAUAUAAAUCUUCUUUGUAUUCUUGGUGUUAGUUCUUUUGGAAAAGAAAAACAAUUAAGUUUAGUGACAGAUUUUAUGAAAAAUGGUUCUUUAUUAAAUUAUCUUAAACAACGUCGAGAUAUUUUCAAUAAAUUAGAUUCCAAAGAUGUUAUACUAAAAUUAAAUUCAUUUUCAAAACAAAUUUUUCAAGCUAUGCUAUUUUUAGAAGAACGAAGUAUUAUUCAUAGAGAUUUAGCAGCAAGAAACUGUUUAAUUGAUCAAGACGAUACACUCAAAGUAGCAGAUUUUGGAUUAACCAAAUUAACUGAGUGUGGUUUAUACAAAGGUACUUCUCAUACAAUAUGUGCUAUACGUUGGACAUCACCUGAAGCUAUAUUUCUCUCACAAUAUACAUCACGUUCAGAUGUUUGGAGUUAUGGUAUAACACUUUGGGAAAUCUAUUCUUUAGGUGAACUACCUUUUGGUAAUACGAAUAAUAUUCGUUUAAAAACGCUUUUAAAAAAUCAAUCAGAAAAUCUUACUCAAUAUCUUCCUCAAUCAACUAAAUAUGGUUUUGAAAAAACAUAUACUGAUAUUAUUCUACCCUGUUUAUCGUAUAAUGUUAAUUUGAAACCCAACUUUCAUGAUUUAAUAGAACGUGUUCAAAUGAUUCUUCAUGACAAAUAA